CGAGUGACGAACGCAAGGAUACCAAAAAGGCAAUUGGAACAGAGCCUUUGCCGCUUCCUCCUUUGAGUCGGUCACGCUGUCAGUAGUCGCCGGCUCCCGAGCACUGACAGAAGAGGUUUAUAAAAUGAAAAUCUGGGCGUCAGAACACAUUUUUAACCAUCCAUGGGAGACUGUGACCAAUGCAGCAAUGCAGAAGUACCCCAAUCCCAUGAACCCCAGUGUAUUUGGUGUGGAUGUUUUGGACAGAAGAGUGGACACACAGGGUCGGUUACACAGCACCAGACUACUCAGCACAGAGUGGGGGCUCCCUGCUAUGGCUAAAUCUAUCAUUGGGGUAACAAGAACAUGCACUUACGUUCAGGAACAUUCAGUGGUGGACCCAAAAGAGAAGACCUUUGAACUGAAAUCUACGAACAUCUCCUUCACCAACCUUGUAUCUGUGGAUGAGAAGUUAACAUACAAGCCUCAUCCCCAGGAUCCUGAAAAGACAGUGCUGUCCCAGGAGGCUUCGAUCAGUGUGAAAGGUGUUAGUCUAAGCAGCUACCUCGAGAGUCUCAUGGCUAAGACCAUCUCUGUCAAUGCUAGCAAGGGUCGGGAGGCAAUGGAAUGGGUCAUCAGACGAUUAAACACAGAAAUUGAGGAGUUGGCGGCCUCAGCCCGUGGAAGUAUAAGAGUUCCUAUGGCAGCAGCUGUUGCAGACAAAUGAUUCCAGCCUUCCUUGCUUCUUUAUCCACCAUCAUGUGCCAAUGGGCCUCUAAUUUUUCCCUAUCAUCCCACCAGCCAGCAUAACCUAAUAACCACAGCCCCAACCUCCAGCUCAGUUUUAGUCUUUUUUUGUGAAUAUCGCAAAAAAAGGAAAAGCAACAACAUCAAAAAAAACUACUGUUGGUCCCUCCUCUGAAGUCUGUAUAUCAAGUUUGAUGAUCCGUUGUGGGCAGUGAUGGGAAGUGCUGAGCUCCCUGGUCACUGGAUACAACUCGUGAUGAUAGUCUGAAUAUAAACAGGGUUGAAUUAGACUGCACUUAAAGCUUAUAGAACUUAACUUUAGUCCAAACUUCUGCAUUGAACCUACACCUUAGUGGCCUAUACUGUUGUUGGCAUGUUUGUGCAUUGGUGUGUCCUUGCUCUGCAAUACUGUGGCCAACUGUACUUGGCAUUGUAAUUUUUAUGCCAUUUCCCAGUCCUGCUGCCACAUUGCCAAGGCAACUGAAACCAAACCUAUUGUGUUGGAAUUUGAGCUGCUAAAUCUUGAGCAGUAGUUUAUUAUACUACAGUUAUUACAAAGAAGUAAAGAGACAUCAGAGGGGAUGAAAAGUACAGCUGGUGAAUUAGCUAAGGCACAAUGUGGGGGAAUUUUUUAGUCAUUCGGCCACUGAGAGACAUGUAUCGCAGGACUUGCAGUCUUGGUUGUUACAUUCUUGAGGAGGUACACAUUGGCUCUCUGUUUAGGUCUCUGUGAAAAAAAUAUGAUGCUGAAGUAUAAAUCAGGCUUUUAGUUUUAUGGUGUCUAAGCUCUUUUUUAAACCACACUGUGCCUCAACAUCUAAUCAAUUUUUUUUUCUGUCUCCUCUUCAUCUUUCAUAUCUUUUCACUCCUUUUUUCCUCAAAAGUUUCCAAAUCUUUCUUAACAAGUUAAGUACUUGCUAUCCCAGGAAAUAAGUCACUCUUUCAUAACUUCUUGGAUGACUGACAUCAAUAAGUUAAAGUAGAACUAAAAAAUACCUUAAAAACAAACUUCCACCACUAACAAAAACUGUUAGGUACAUGUGGCGGCAGUUGUCUGUUCGCUGAUUUUGCUUUUUCCGUUGUCCAGUGGAGACAACAGAUUAUUUGUAGUAAAGAUUUGUGCAGCUCAGAAGAAGCAGAAGUCUCCUGUGACUGUCAGUGUCAAAUGUAAGGCUGCAUUCACACUGCAACUUCUACUGCUCAGUUCUGAUUUUUUUGCUCUGAUCUGAUAUUUUUUCUGUCUUUUCAAAUAACUUUUUUCAAAAUGUGGCCUGUAUCAGAGUCCUGAGAGAGGUUCAUUAAUCUACAUGUGAAAGUGGACAAGAUCUGAGAUUUAGUAUUUUAAAAAGAUCACAUUCAGUGAGUUGAGCUGUUAAAGCUGUGAUUAACAAAAAUAACUUUUGAGCCACAUAGCAGCAAAAAAUCAGUUCCAGGUCACUUUUUCCUGCUCUGCACCUGAAGAGAAAUACUUGAAAGCUAGUUGGUGGAUGUACUUGCAUAGUCUGUUACACAAGUGGGAACUGCCAAAAGUCUUGUGCCAUUAGGCUGAUUUUCAUUUUUCUUGAGCUAGUGUCUUAAAUACUUGUCGGAGGGGAAAAGCAGGUCAGAGCAAAGCAUGGAGUGGUGCUGAUUACGUUUGAAAUGACCAGGAAGUCCAGCUACGGGAUUUCAAUUAAAGUAUCCCAAUCCAUUUAGUGUUAAGUUAAUUUCGGUACCCACAGAUCUGGAUUUAUUUGCUUACAUCGGUAUCAGGAACUGGUCUUCUAAUGGACAUUCUGGUCUUGCUCUAAGUAUGAAUGACUUGCGCUCUCAAGUCCAUCUCCCCUCAGAAGUAUUAUUUGUCAUACUGUUGUGUUUAACCAGUAUUUUUUUUACAGUUUAAGAAUGUUCAUACUUCAAUGUCUAACUUAUUUAAAGUCAAUGUAUUUAAACAGUUAAAGGGGACACAAGUGUGUGAAAUGAUGCAGAACUCUGAACGCUGAGCUAUGUAAUGGCAUUUAUAUUUUUUGUGUUUGUGUUAGUGCUCAUCAGUGUGAAGAGAGGAGCUCAACAGGGCUAUGUUCAGGAUCACUAAGUUUACAGACAUUAAAUGUGAUGCUGAAAUAAAUAACUACAGAUUUAAUAUCCCAAAAUGUUAUGUAUGAUGAACAAACCCAUGCUGUACUAAGAUUUAAGAUUCAAUAAAAGUGUAAUCAGGCUGACAAUCUUAGGAAGAAACUAAAUUUGUUUUUAAAGUCAGCUCACGCUUAUUAUCUGUUCAUUUAUCAUUUUCCUGCUCCUCUCACAGAGGUCCCUCAGGUGCUAUCAUUUUUAAUAUUUGUGCAGUUUCCUUUUUUUGUCUUUAAUAAAAACCACAUUGAGUGUUAACUUAAUAGUACAGUUUAUUUUAUCACUCUUUCAUUUUAUUCACUCCUCUCAAAAUUUUGGAUAUUGACAGCUUUACUGUAACCUUUACAUUCAGUGCUUAUGGUUUGAAUAAUGAUGCUCCACUGGAAGUGUCUGAUCAUCUCUGCUUUUAGUUCAUUGUGCCUUUCACACUCACUCAUCAGCUGUUUCUUUUUAAAAGCUUGUUAGUGAUUGGCUGACAGUUUCACAGUCUCAUAAUGUGUUGUCUAGCUCAGUAUCGUUCUGUUUGAAGUCAGAUCUUCUGACCGUGCUGAAUGAUCAGCCAGGCAGUGUCCACACAGUAUCUCAUUUAACGAUAGAAAUCAUGUUUUUCUAUGGGGGGCAUUUAGGAACAUUGGCUGUAAAUAGGCUUAUAUUUAUAUUUUUGGUGGUGUUUACAUUCCAGACAUGUAAAAAAUUCUCAAGAGUGCACUUCGAAAUGUUUCAAAAAUAAAGAGAUGACAUUGUU